AAAGCGAACCAGUUUGCCGCUAACGAGCUUCGAGCGCGUACAUGAGCUUGUAACUAUUUAGAAAUAUCUUCUAAUUAAUCUGUGUGUUCUCAAUACCAGAAGCCUAUAAAAGCUGUGAUGUGAUAUAUGGACUGCGGAUUUUGAUGCAAAAUCAUUUAUCGUAACAGUUUAAGAAAUGAAAUCUAAAUAGAUAGAUUAAUCAUGCAAACUUUAUAAUUGUCACUAAUCUUUUAAUAUUUCGUGUAUUUUUGAUCAUGUCGAAUAUUCAUUAUACUUAUUGCCGAUGACUUUUUCUAUAAAUGUAUAAAAUCCGCUGUCUAGUGAUCUUCUUUUAACGGUAUAAUAAAUUUACUAACAUAAACGCUUAAGACUCUUGAACUUUCUUUGAAUGUCGCUAGGUAGUAAAAAUAAAUCAGUGAAACAAGUGUGUCAUCCAGAUAUAAAUUCUAGUUCUAACAAAAUUCAUGUGAUUUUGAAUUGUGAUCAAGAUAUAAAAUUAUGGACUCUUACGAUCGUUUCAUGGACUCAUUUGGUACUUGCUUUCUUUUAAAUUAUGGGCUAUUCGAGGGUAUCCAAGUCAACAGCACUGUAUGUUUACACUCACCUGAAUAGAUUGUUAGAGAAGAACAAACCGCUUCGAGUUAGUUUCAACCGAUUUGAUCUACAGAACGUCCACUUGGGGAACAUCCGGCGGCCCUCAGACGUUCUGUUAGACACAAUGAUGACACCAAGUGCACGUGUCAUUAAGAACAAGAACAAUACACAGUAGCCAGCAACGAGUGCCAGACAGUAGAGCGCAGAUUACUACGCGAGUGACUCAGGAUUUUAUUAGAGAUUCACGAUGUAUUAUGAGCAUACGAUACCAUUAUCGAAAAGAAGUUUCCAGCUCGUUUAAAAUCAGCUAAAAAAAUGUUUUUUUCCUUCGUAAAUUCAUUCCACCCUACCUGAGCUUGCAGCAUUAACGAUGAAAAGAAAGAAAGAGUUAUUGAUUUCGCUGUGAAAUGAACAAGUAAGACAAGAUGACGGUUUCAUACCAAUACCAGGUGGCAAACUCCACCAGGGGUGGUUUCACCAGGCUUCUUUUUAUGUGGAGAGGUUCUCUUUAUAAACUCAUUUACAGAGAAUUGAUCAUAUUUCUGAUACUCUUCGGCGCCCUCUCUGCCAUUUAUCGUCACCUUCUUACGCCCUCGCAAAAAAGGGAUUUCGAACAAAUUGUUAUUUACUGCGACAAUUUCAUUAAUUUGAUUCCAUUGAGUUUCGUUCUUGGAUUUUACGUGUCGUACGUUGCUCAAAGGUGGUGGCAACAGUACCAAGCAAUACCUUGGCCCGACAAGGUGAUGCAUUUAGUUGCACUGUACAUUACUGGAGAUGAUGAAUACAGCCGCAUGAUUCGAAGAGCUCUGAUGCGCUACUUAAACCUUUCCUUGAUACUCGUAUUGCGUUCAAUCAGUUCGGCGGUGAAAAAACGAUUUCCGACGUACGAGCACGUUGUCGAUUCUGGUUUUAUGACUGAGCUGGAGUUGGAUUUGUUUUUAGCAGUACCCAGUUCAGAGUUCAACACAUAUUGGAUACCUUGUACGUGGUUCAUAAAUCUUUUAAAAGAGGCUCGUAAAAAUCAACGGAUUCCUGACCCUCAGGGAUUAAAACUAAUUAUGGAGGAAUUUAGUGAUUUUCGUACAAAAUGCGGCAUGCUAUGGAGCUACGAUUGGAUAUCGAUUCCAUUAGUUUAUACGCAAGUGGUCACGCUUGCAACUUACAGUUUCUUUCUGGUAGCGUUAAUGGCACGGCAGUACAUCGACGGUAAAGAAAAGCAAUUCCAAUUGCAGGUCGACAUUUACAUACCUGUAUUCACAAUCUUGCAAUUCUUCUUUUUCAUGGGUUUACUAAAGGUAGCCGAACAAUUAAUUAAUCCCUUUGGUGACGAUGACGAAGACUUUGAAUUGAACUGGAUAAUUGAUCGCCACACGAAGGUAUCAUAUCUCGGAGUCGAUACACUUAUGAAUCGGUGUCCACCGCUGGUAAAGGAUAUCUACUUUGAUGCUGAGAAUUUGAUUCUACCGUAUACGGAGGCAGCUGCUGCUUACAAGAAAAAGACGUAUCGCGGUAGCGUGGCAAAUAUGACAGUUCCUGAAGAGAAGCAAACCAUGUUUCUACCGGAUGUUAUGGAGGAGGACGAGGAGGAAGGAAAGCCCUCGCGUCAUUCAUCCACAUUAAGUUUAGGCCACGGGAAUGAUAGCCCAUUCUGCGAGAGACGCCAGAUCAGCCCGCGCCUUCAGUCAGUUACGACUACUGACCGAUCGUCUCCUGAUACAGUUCAGAUACGAAUUCAAGAAACCGGAGAAACGGAGCAACGACCGAAUCAACUAAUCGAGAAUAUGAAAAAAUUCGGGAUGCACUCGAUAUCGCGAAGUGAAUCGGGUAGAAAACAGUUCUUCGCGAUAACAAGAAGCCCAAAGGUGGUCGUGCAGCCAUCGUCGAGUACAUCCAGUCUAUCGAAACCUACGAGACAAUUUAUUGACACGCCUACGGUAUACGUUGGCGACUUAAAUCCGUGGAAGAACUAUAAUUCGAAGGGUGCGCAGCCAGUAUUCGAAAUGAUCGAUUUAGACUCGCCGGAAACGGAAAAACAGUUCGAGUUUCAAGUCCCAUCGUCUCUAGAUGAUGUAACUGAUAGCCCUCAUUCGGAUAUAUGCCAGUCACAGUACCUUCAUACGUCUCAUUUAACAAUACCAGAGACGAAAACGAAGACGUCGGUGCCACGAAGCAAAAGUCCAAAGUUUUUAGUGAAGAAACCUAGGCCGGUGCCUAAGAAGAAAAAGGGUAUUCAAUGGAAAGCUAUGAAGGACAAGAAAAUAUUGACAAAUGAUAAUGAAUCUGUAUUUGAAAUGCCGUUAUCAUAUACGAGAAGCUCGCCGAACUUGAAACUUGGAGAAAGUUCACAGAAGCCGAAAGAAGAUGAUAGUUCUUCGAAUAAAGAGGAAUGAAUUUCGAGGCACUACAAUGGCCCUCAUUAAGGGGCUAGGGUCACCUGUCUUUUCUAAUGUUUGUUGGUAAAACUCUGAUGCUUGUUUCUCUGUUUUAUCGAUGACAAGGCAAAAAUAGUGCAAUAUAUGGGUUUACGGAACUACAUUUAUCGUCUUUAUAUGACAAGAUUUGUGAGUCAUUAGGUACCUGUGUGUCCAAACUUGGCAAGUUCUGGUUAUUAUUUAAUCAGAGUAUGCUGAUAUUUAUUAAUAUGUUACAAAAUAGAUGAAAAAUCAUAACUGCCUUCGUUUAUAAGCAAUUUUAUAUACAAAAGAGAUGUUCUGAAUAAAAUCAAGACUAGAAUACGAGCAUGCCAGAUUUAACAUUUGUGUUUUCAGAGAGAUACGCAAUGACCUAAAAAUCGUAUCAUGUGACGAAGAAAAGUAUAGUUUCGUAAACCCAUAUCUUUGGCAAAUUUUUUGGGUAACAUUGACAUUCUGCCUUAUCGCGCCGUUAUCGGAGUAUUCUGAACACUUCAAAACAGAAUAACUUUUUCGAUAUUGAAUCAUUCAAUUUAAAUUUUGUUUACAUGAAGAAAAACCAGUGUUCUAAGUAAUGUAUGAAACGAAGAUUAAAAACAAUUACUAUUGGCUAAAUUAUAUUAGAAAGAAUAAGUAGAGAACAUGAUUUCUAAAUUUUUUAUUUGGGUGACUAACGAAAAUCUAAAACAUAUUACAAUCUAUAGUCCAACUACUCAAAACGAUUCCCAAGUCGCUUGCGUACAUCUGAAAUUCAUUAUAAAUUUACAGUAUAAAUGCCAUGCUAUAAAUUUCUCUCGCCCGUUCAAUAUUGACAGUUUGCGAGAUACAAACAAUUUUAGGCUUUUCCAAAUAGUCGAACUUAUUUACCAAUGUUUACAAAAAUCUAUUCUAUAUCUCCAAUCUUGAUAUAAGUAUGUUAAACUUUUAACUAAGCUUCAAAUUUCAAAUCCUGACGAGACAAUCACACAAUGGUAUGAGAUAGAAUAAAAUAAUUCGUGUAACAAUAUUUGAACUCGGUAAACCUCUUAUAUAUUCUCUCCAAUACUUAAACCUGUUAUAUAGAGUAUAUACUACUGGAGGCAGCAUGCCGUACUCGGAAAGUGUGGUCAGUUUCACUAGAUCUAAGGGUACAUGCUAUCUCUCUCACUCCGUACGCGAUUGGCUAUGUGAGUGAUGUGUGUGAGAGAGAUAGCAUGUACCCUUAGAUCUAGUCAGAUCUAAUGACACUGACCAUACUUUCCGAGCACGGCAUGCUGCCUCCAGUAGUAUAUGCUCUAAGGUAAACCUAAGUAAAAUUCGAAUUGAAAGCACAGUUAGAAGCUUGCUACCUGGCACUUUAUUUCACUGUUAGUUCGAAGUUCAAGAUAUUUAACUGUCAAGCUCAUGAUCUUAAUGGUGUAUAAGAUUGUGGUGAAACUGCUAUCAAUGUUGAGCAAACAAUAUAUACAUAUACAUAUAAUAUUCAUAGAACUUACACUGCAUAAUGAAAAUUUAAUUUCUUCAUGUAUUCAUGCCGAGUGGGUCAGGAAUCGUUUUGGUUAGCUGUAAUAAGUAAGUUAUAUACAGUGUAUAAACCUACUAGUGGUCAAUAUUUGAGGAUCGUAUUCUAGGAGCCAAAGUAAGACGAAAAUCAAGAAUGAUCAAAUUACAUUUUGAGCUUCAGUAAUUAGUUACUAAUAAAUAAAAAUUGGGCGUUUUUGCACCUGGAUCAGGCAAUUUGACUUGCGUCGUCGUAUGACUGACAACUGAUCGCCGUCGAUCGAUACACGUCGAUACGUCGAAACAGGCCCGUAGCUAUAAGAAAAUGAUGUACUCACUCUGUGUGCUUCGAUGCAAAAAAUAUAUAAAACUUGUAGCCAGGCGUACAAUCUAAUUACUCCACAAGAGCAUGUCGAAAUUCGCUCGAUGGGAUUUUCGAGUUAAGAGAGUAUAUGCCUUUUUGAAAUGUCAUAAACGUAUAAAGACGAAACCACUUGUUUAACGAGAAAUGCACGCAAACAACCACAUUUGUUAUCUCAUGAGUGAUUAUUUCGUUUCCAGCAUCCACUAAACAUAACAUAUUCACUGCGAAUAAAAAUAGUUCAUUGGAAAAAUGCGUGCACUGCAAUCGUGAACAUUCUAUGUGUAUUAAACUAGUAAAUGUUCACCUAAGGGCAUUGAUUUAGAUUACAAAUUCACACAAUUCAUAUAAUUCGAGUUUACUACUUCCACUAAUUUAUAAUUUCCAAGGAUGAGGAAAUUUAAGGAAACAAAUAUUUUCAUUCGUUUCGAUUUUGAGUCUCGGCCACGAUUAUUUCGCUUCACGCAACGAUCCUUUAGCGAUUGAUCUUCGAUGAACUCCGACGGUAGAUGGAAAUCAACGAAGACCAAACAAUAUCGAAACAGUUACAUUGUUGUAGUCCAGCAGUUACAUUUCUACUUGUUUGCGAAUAUUUGCCAAGUAUCCAAAUAAACUCGAAACUAAUGGAGAUAAAUAAAUCGAAAUUAUGUGAACUAUA